CACCGCAACUGUCCCUUCUCCUUCUUUAUCGUCUGCUAGAUGAAUGUGACAGUUCAUCCUUCAUAUGUCAGACUGACAUUAGCAGGCGAUAGACUGUCGAGAUAAAAUGAAAAUUGUGAAGAAGAAGCCUCCGGCGUUUGUAGGAUGAGACUUAUAUGAUGACUUACAUUAUAUUUAUAUAUAUAGAGAGAGAAGUGUGAAUAGCUUUGUUCACUAGGAGUUAUCGUUCAUGCUUUCAUUGCUGUGUUUUGUCUUUAGUUGUCUACAAAGGAAACAGUGAAUGCUUUUCUUUUUUAAAGGCAAAGUUUCGACAUUUGUAUAACCUGUGGUAGGAGGAGAGUAGAUUCAAACGACGAUUUAAUCAAUUUGGCCGAGGAAAUGUAUUCCAGUUACUCAACUGAUGGUUUGAGAUCGCAUCAAUAUGUACAACAUUACAUCUCACUUUUUAAUCCACCCAGACAGCUACAAUAGCAGUCAUUCUUUAGCCGCCAGGCGAUAACUUCAGACUUGAGUACUGACGUGCGCCAUUUUGUGCGUGUGUACUCGAUGACGUCAAUACCACGUCAAAUCUUUUGUCUCCAGACUUCAUAAUUCAAAUCCAAACACUGUGCUCAAUUGUGUGUCUCCUUCAAGUGACGCCAAGAUAUUGCGAUGGAAGAAAACCGGCCUACGGAAUGCCGAUGCCGUUGCACAUCGGCGGCGACGCGGCAUUACAAAAGAGACUUGGCGAUAGCAGCCAUGAACCCAAGGACUAGCUUCAACCACACAUUCCGACUAGGGGGGAGGAUGGUGACGCCGCUGGGAGCCAGAGCCUGGAUUAUUACUCUACUAACUUGGAUAUUAGCCGGUGACGCCCUGGGGAGGUCCAUAGGAACAGAAAGAUACCCAGAUCAAAGCUUUCCAAGCAAGAACUUUAUUUUUAAUCAAACAGUGACCUGUGGCGACUUCACUCCUGGCAAGUUUAUAGCGCCUACAUACACCUGUGCUGACCUCAGGGUCAACGGAUUCCGACUGGCAUACGGGUACUUUUUUGGUUGGUCAGUUGGUCAAGAGUAUCAGAGAUGUCAGGAGACUUACGGCGUCCACGAGUUUGCCACGCUAUGCCAAAUGCUUCUUCGGAGCAUCAACAAAGAACACAUGGGCUUCAAGGCUGUUUAUAUUCCCAAGUCCACAUGUUCCUAUAUGAAUGAAACAAGAAAAUUGUUGAAGAAAAUCAGCGAGACGGACUUCCAGUGGACAGACUUCAAACCCGGCUGGGGCUGGACAGACACAUUACAAUGCAUGACCAACUACAAAAAAGGAUGAUAUAGGGUGACUCUCCGACUCCGACACUUCUAGGGAUAUGUUUGCUAGCAUUGUGUUGAGAAAUGCCUUGCAGUCUAAUUGUAUAUAAAAUAUUGCUGAAUUUAUACACGUUUGCCCUAAUUGCGAAUCAGACGCUUCAUAUCUAGGUCAAGCAGUGAAAUAUAUUGUUUCGCCUUAUUUAUUUAUUUCAUUCUUACUUUUUUUUUUGUUAUUCCACUAUACAUUUUGAUGACAUCAACAUUGUUAUAACACAGAACACAACUAAACAAUUUGAUGAAGAUUUAUGAGGGCCCAGUCUGAAUGUUUACAACAAGGGUGCUUGAAACUACGUCCCGCGGGCCGAAAACGGGCUAUCCAGCCAUUCGAAACUUCAGGCUAGUGUUAAGGAGAGAGUUUUAAAAAUAUAAUUAAAAUAGUGGAAUAUAUUAGGGAACAUUUCCAGUCAAAGGUAAGGGUCAAGCAAGCAGUUUCCAAAAUGUUACAUUCCGUGGUGUGGUUGUCUAGUAUGACAUUUCCGACAGCAAUCCUUAAAGUGGAUGAUCAUGAUGUUGUACAGGUAUCUCUCACAGUGAAUAAACACGUUUAAUUUAUGAAAUGGGCAAAGAAGUCCAUUUCGUUUGAUUGCCUCACGGAUGAAUAUUUCGAUUCUGCUUUCCAACAUGGUGUAACUACUAUGGGACAGACUCUGAUGUCGGUAAAGAAAAUCUCCAGACAUUGUUUCUUGAGACUAAAUGUUGGAUCCGAUGCGUUUAUAAUAUAAUUUAUUGUAAAUGUUUUGUGUUUUGUUUUAAAAUCAAUUGUGUAGUUUCGAGUUUGUUCGUCCCAAGACCUUUGCGAAUCGAAAAAGUCUUAGCAGCACUGAAUAAAAAUUAUCUGCUUCUCCUGAAGAAAUACUACUACGCUUAGUUGAGACGGUACAUGGAAGAUUCAUUAUAAAUUUUGUGUUCAAACUUUUCUUCCAGAUCGGAGUUAGUGAACAUAGAAUGGCAUAUGGAAUAUAACAAAAUUGCAUUUGAGCUAAAAAUUAUGUAAGAAAAUAAUAUUAAAUUCAAGGUUUUAAAAAUAUGAAUUAUUAAUAAUUAUCUCACUAUUGCUUUAUAAUUAUAUAAUUUUUUUUUUAAAGUCGAAUUGAACCAAUCAAUUAUAUUAACCCUUUUUUAGCGGCCUCCGAAAGGGGAAAAGACGCAAUUAUCCGUCUGUACGUCUAGAGAAGAUAGUGAAAAUCCGACAUCGUAAUAUUUUAAUCCAUUCAAAGUUCUGAUGCACUGGCUACUUUUUUCUUUUCUAAAAGCGAAAAAUCUAAUUUUUAAAAUCACUUAUGCAAGCACUUUUUACAUAAAAAUACACCACUUUUACAACUAUUCACUAUUAAUAGUAACUAACACUGGAGGCUCCUUAGUAGGGGAUGUGAGAAUUUACAUUUGUAAGACAUUUAUGCAAAUGGUUUUAGACGUUUUGUUAAAAAAAAAAUUUUACAUUUGUAUUGCUACGUUAUGUAAGUUCUGUCCUACUAACUACUACAUUACCCAUAAAUAAUGCUUACUUUUUUUUUAUAGAGAAAAAAUUCUUUUUAAUAUGCAUAUACGUUGGACAUAAUUUAAACAAUUAAUAAGUAGGUUUUCAUAUUAUCUCGUGAACUGCAGUGCUGCAUAAUCAAAAUUAUACACUUAGCUAUUUUUUUUUUUUUACGGAAAUUUCUUUUUCUUGAGGAUUUGAAUAAGAGAUUAACCCUUUACAAAACAAUUAGAUCAGUUAGAUACUCAUUAUAAGACAUCAGUUAGGCCAGGUUCACAUCUAACUUAACCUUCACUUUCACCUAUCCUUUGGUCUGCUGGACCGCGGGGCACCACAUAAGAUCUGUCAACCUUCUUUCUUCAUUUUUUCUCUGUCUUUUGUCUUUGAUAGAAAUUCAUUCUGAUGUUCUUUCUGAAAAUAUUGAAACCUGCCUUUUUACCUGCCUGGGUGGACCACAUUGGGGGCCGAUUUUGAGUUUGUGUUUCCACACAAACUGUCUUUGUAACCUUGUUAUACAUAAAUAUUGAUACAAAUUUUAACCAUUUAAUGUUAGUAUUUUGUUUUAUGUCAAUCUACAUCCCAAUAGUAAACAAAAACAGAUUUAUUUUUACUGACGUUUUUUUUUAAUUUCAUCAUAAACACUUUUAUCAAAAUGUGCAGUUUUACUCCAGUUCUGAAAUCAAAUUAUACGCUGUGAGACUCAAAUUAGGCUCGAGAUAUUUAUAGUCGUAAAUCCCAUAGAAGCUAUAAUGACAACAAAUACAAUCCACUAGAGCAUGCAGUGUACUCAUCCGGGGCCAAAAACAUAAUAAGCCACUUGUGAAAUGAACCUUCACGGAUAAUAAUUUUGUUUCUAUUCUUCAAUGAAUCGUUCUUAGGCGGAUCCAAGUUGACAAUCCCCGAUUGGGGAUCAAAGAAUAGGUUCAUUGUUUAAAUAUUGACAUCCACGACUGGGAAGCACUAGCUCUCGAUCGCUCCCCAUGUCGUGAAGCUGUGAGUCUCGGAGUCUCGAAAUACGAAACAAGGAGAGUGACAGGCUGAAAGAGCGCCGAGCCAACAAAAAGCUGAGAGAAGAAGUAGGCAUAUCUGCAACUGACCAAACCUACCCAUGCCACUAUGCGGCCGGCUUUUUAAAGCGAGGAUUGGACUUUAUAUAUAUAUAUAUAUAUAUAUAUAUAUAUAUAUAUAUAUAUAUAUAUAUAUAUAUAUAUAUAUAUAUAUAUAUAAAAUUCUUUAGAUGAUUUAAAACGUACAGUUUUCAUUCUUUGUAAAUUGUUGUAUAAUGUUUGGCAUGUUUCGGACGUUCCUUCAGAGUUGAAGAUAAUUUACCUCCUAGUCCGAACCUCCCGCAGGACGACGGGGAUAUGAGCGGGAAAGGGUUUGAACCCGGGACCAUCUAUAAAUCCAAAUUUCAUUAAAGAGCGCAAACCACACGACCAGGCAGCCAUCUUUGGAAGGGACUAUGUUAGAAAAAUGUAAUGGAACAGAUUAAUGAAGUUUACCUUUGUCCGAAAUGCAUAAAAACUGUAUGAUCUUCUACGUGGAACUUAAAUACUUUUAAAUGUCGUCCUACUGUUACUACAAUGUGUAAGUGAUAAUCCAGUUUCACCAGUGUGAUAAAAUAGAAAAAAGUUUGUUUCUUUUUUAAUUAUAAAAUUGUAUGUUUUACCCAUUCAUUGCAGCACUUAAAAAAAAAUAAAGAAAAAUGUGUUGUGAAACUGUCGGGCCACAUUUGGUCCACCGACCAUGGCCAGUGAAUACUAAUUUGUGUAAAAAGGCCGUGCCUAUAAACCCUGUCUCAAAAAUGAUGUUAUUGAAAUGUUUGAGCUUGAACUAUUGGAGAUUGAAGAGGUAUGCUCUCUAUAAACAAGAAUGGGUUUCUUGGUGUUUUUUGUUUUAUCUUGUUUUAUAAUUUUGUUGUUUUAUCAUUUAUAAAAUGCUAUGUAUAUUGAUGUCCAUCAUGUACAUGAUCAACUGUAUAAAUGAAUGACAUUGAUUGAAUGAGUGAUCUUGUAUCAGUGAUUGAAUGAGUGAUCUUUGUAUCAGUGAUUGAAUGAGUGAUCUUGUAUCAGUGAUUGAAUGAGUGAUCUUGUAUCAGUGAUUGAAUGAGUGAUCUUUGUAUCAGUGAGUGACUGCUGGAUUGAGAGAUUGUAAAUAAAAACUAUAUUGAAGAUAUGACCAUCAAAGACACUUUCAAAUUUUGGUAUGUGGUUUACUUUUGAAAAACGACGCAAUUUAUUUGUAUUUAACUUAAUGUUAUUGUGCAUUGCCACUCUAUACAUAGACUAUACUACACAGAUGGUUAUUAGACAUAACUAUAUUAAACAUGUGUAUAGAAUACACCAAAUACAAGAUUUAAAUGAUAUGCUAGAACAAUACAUGAGUCUGAUCACUUAUAUGUACAAUACUCCACGUAAGAUAGUCUAUAAAUUGACUCUCAAAUCUUUGCAUCCCAUGUCUUGAGGUACUGAUUUAAUGUAUUUCACAUCAAGUUAGUGUACACUUCUGGUUCUAACCUUAAUGCAUUCUGUGUCAAGUCAUGUUUCACUUGUGGGAGGGGCGUAGCUACUCAAGUGGAGGUGUGUGGACCCACACUUACUCAAAGGUGUUACCAUGGCAUGGGCAGGUGAAUUGGUCAUGGCAUUUUAGGAAUUAAGAAUUUUGACCCAGUGCAUGCCAGGAGAACCUUGUUUGGAGAAGAAAUAACGACAUUCCUCUUUCCGUAAUAAAAUACUUUUUAUCCUUUAAGUAGAAUUCAUAAAAAGAUAAAAAAGCACACUAUUAACACACCCUAUAAUUUAAUUUUCAAUGAUAAAUUCCCCAAAAAGUAGACUUAACCUGAACUUAUUGACUAAUUUCAAUUAUUGUCUUCCACAGAAUGUAACUCACAUUUUAUAUAUAUAUAUAAUAAGACUAACUAAGGAAUGCAGUAUUUCCCAUGAUUGCGCAUUUCUUUUGGACUCAAAUGUGUACCUGCGGCCUUUGUAAGUGACCUCCAUCUGUCUCUUUCUCGUGCUUUUUAAAAAUUUCAGUUAAAGCAAGUUGGCGCUUAAGCUGGUCUUAAAUAUGGUUAUAUUCAAUUCCAUUAUAAAAUUACAGUUGUUUUUUUUUCCUCAAAAUGCAAACAUAUUGAUUAUUGUUUAUACCAUUUAAACAACAGAGACAUUCAUCAUAACUUGAAAUAUUACAUAAAGCUGAAAUUUUUAGCCAGGCAUCGAAAGUGUUGCUAUGCCUUGUUCAGUCGCCAUGACAACACACUUGAUCAUGCUCUGAUCUUCAGACUUAAGUUGGGGCAACAUUUUGACGUUUGCCUCAUUGGUAAAUGUCAAUCUGAGUCUUGAACGGUGUGGCCGAGUAUAAUAUCACUUGGCUUAAAAACCGAGGGUUAUCUAGUCCAAAUCCGAGUUACCGUAACCAAAUGCCAGUGUAUGGUGUUGUAUGAAUCAUAUCGGAAUUUUACAUAGUUUUUAUGAUUCAAAAUAAUUUUGUUUUUACAAAACCCUUCUGUCUGUCUGUCUGUUACAAAUUUUGAACACGUUAUUUAUCCCACUUUCCAAUCUCGGAUCAAGUUUAAAAUGUGUAUACACAAUUAUUUAUUGUUCCUAACAAAACUUGAAUCAAUCAAAAAAUUAACCAAUUAGUUAAUUAGGUCAUUUUUAAAAUUUUGUGUAAUAUUAAAAUAGGAAAUAAUCAAACAGCUUUGUGAUAUAAAGGCUGUAAACGUGGAGCUUUUCCCAUUAGAUAAGCAUCGUCUUUUUUUUUUUUUUUGGAAAUAUUUUGCCUGUAUUUGAUUCAAAAUAGCUUUUUUUUUGUCUUGUUUUGAUUUUGGUGUCGGAUUCUCCCCCCCC